UCCUCCGCCUCACUCUCUCGGUCCCGUUCGGGGUCCCACAAGUCUAGGUCUCUGUCGGUCAGUAGCGUGUCAUCGGUCUCAUCCGCUUCCUCCAGCAGUAGCUCAGUCAAAAGUGCCGACUCUGAUGACAUGUACGCUGACCUGGCCAGCCCUGUGUCCUCCGCCAGCUCCCAGUCCCCCACUCCAGGCCAUGCCCGCAAGGAAAGGGGCCCUCCGCGGGACAGGGCCCCCAACAAAGACAGAGGAAAACCACCAAAGAAAGACGAAGCUUUCAAAGAGGAGCGAAAACGAGUGGACCCCUCCGGUCUCCCACCCAAAACCAGCUCCAGCAUGCCUAGAUCUGGGAACAGAGGUCACCCCAUGCACCCGCCUCCUAUGGGUCCUCCAGGAGGAUACGGCUCUCACAAGGACAUCAAGCUUACCCUGCUUAACAAGCAGCAAACCGACAGGGGCAAUCGGAAAAGGUACUUUCCUGCUGAAAAAGAGAGACCCCCUUCGCCUCUCAGCAAGAGGAUAGCGCUUUCACCUGACAGAGGUCGAGACAGGAGGAUGCCCGGGCGGCCCUCGCUGUCUCCCAGAAUGGAUCGGCCCAAAGGCCAGGGUCCUAGACCUAUGCCACCACAAGGAGAAAGGAAGCGUCCUUUAUCUCCACCACCCAAAUCUUCUGGGAAAGGUGCUGCUGCUGUGUCUACAGGUAAACCACCUGCUCCAGGGGCUGGAUCUGGCUCUGGCUCCGCUUCUAGUUCCGGCUCGGGCAAGCCGAGCAGCACACUUUCUCGUCGUGAAGAGCUGCUGAAACAGUUAAAGGCUGUCGAGGACGCCAUAGCCCGCAAAAGGGCCAAAAUCCCUGGGAAAUAAUAAACCUGGCGUCAUCCAACUUCUGGGACAUCUGUUUUCUUGACGCCCAUUGUUUGCCAGAAAUGGAGAAAUGGUCACCGUUCUGAACUCUCUAAGGGCAUAAAUGUCCUUGGGAAAAGAGACUGCCGUUACAUUUCUGCUUGUUUUGCCCUCAGAGAGAGGUUGUCUAGAUUUUAUAUUGAUGUGCUAAAGUUGAGAAGUGGCCCUGUUCACUUGUUUGUUUUCACAGGAAGAUGGAAUCUUUUCUGUAUCGUCUCAAAGAUUAAAAAACUGUACAUUCAGCGCAUUUUUGCUCUUCAUCCUGCCACAAUCCCCUUCUCUCAUAUUCUAGUUGCUUUAUCCCUACUCCUGUUAUUUUGUGUGGUGAGUUGCAGUGUGACAGAUGUAUGCUUAAUCUGUUUGGACCAUCCUGGACACAUCUGCGCAUUUCACGUUAGUCCUGCUCAAAGAAUCUGGAACUGUCUUUUCAUAAACUUACAGUUAAGAAAGUCCACCUUAAUCAGUGAGUUUGUCUAUCCACCACCAUGUAUUUAGCAUUUACUGUUUUUCACAAUGUACAACUACAAAGUCAGGUGCCAGAAUACCUGUUGUUUAAAGUGUAUGAUUCUAGAGAACCAAUGACAAUGAUGUGAAGUAUUGCGUUUUUUUAAGAUUCUGCAUCGUUUCCCCUAGUUUUUCAAGUGAAAACUUGCAUUUAUUUGUCCCUCAUUUUUAGUUGAAAGUGUGAGAGGCUGCAAUGGGGACUCCCGGAGAUAAGAAAUAAUUCCGUCUUGCUUUUUGUGACAGAAAAAAAGCUUCUAAAUAAACUAUUUUGAUAAAGAUAA